UUGGAGCAGCUGAGUGGGAGGAGCUUGUCGUUGCAGAGUGCAGAAGUGAUUUUGCAACCUGUUGCAAAGCUCAGAUUGCAUGUGGACUAAAGAACAACCUGACCUGAUUCUUCUGUGGGCCUGCAGCACACAGACAGAGACAGAGACCAGUUUACUCUGUGCUAAAAUCAACCGGUCAUGGCUGAGAGAGACGCUCAGACUGAUCAUGAGGAAGAGGAAGAGGAGCUGACAGAGGACAAAGAUGAAGUCCCUGUGCAGGAUCACCUGGAGGAGGAACAGCAGCAUCCAACCCAGCCUGAAGAGGAGUCCGAGUGUCCAGGCUGCCAGUCCAUGGGCGUACUGACGCUGCCCUGUGGCCACAAACUGUGCCACUCAUGUAUCCAAGUGAGUCAGGAGGCGCUUGAUCAGUCUGGCUGCACUAUCUGCUAUGGAUCCCAGCUGAUGGACUCAGUGCUCCGCUCCCUCCUGGAGACCCUGUUCCAUGGGCAGCCCAGGAGACGUGGGGUCCCACCUGGGGCCGGAGAGGAGGGCGUCCCGGGAGGAGAAUACGGCAGGAUAGCUGCGGCUGAGGAGGGGGAAGAGAUGUGUGUGCAACACGGAGAACUGCUGAGCAUGUUCUGUCUGGAGGAAGAGCAGCCGAUCUGCCCGCAGUGUGAGACGGACGAGCAUGAAGAGCACCAGAGCUGCUCCGUGCAGGAGGCCGUCCUCGACUGUAAGAGAGAGCUGCGAUCUGCAACCAGAAACCUCCAGGAGCAGUUGGAGAAUUUAACCUCCAUCCGAAAAACCUGGGAUGAAACUUCAGUUCACAUCAAGAGCCAGUCGGUCCAAACAGCUCAGUUCUUGAGGGAGGAGUUCGAGAAGAUGCAUCAGUUCCUCAGCGAAGAGGAGGCCGCUCUGAUGACGCAGCUCAAACAGGAAGAGGAGGAGAAGAGUCAGAGGAUGAGCGAAAAGAUCGACAGGAUCAGCGACGACAUACGAGUGCUAAGGAACAGCAUCAGUGAGACCGAAGAGGUCAUGGGCUUAGACGACCUCCGGCUUCUGAAGAACUACAAGAAGACAUAUGAAAGGGCUCAGCAUCGGGCGGAGGAGCCCGAAGAAGAGUCUGAAGCUCUGCUGGAUGUGGCCAAACACCAGAGCUGUGUGCAACACCAAGUCUGGGACAAGAUGCAGAAGAUCAUCCAGUACUUUCCGGUGACCAUGGACCCAAACACAGGCUCGGUGUGUCUCGGUGUGUCUCCGGACCUCUCCAGUGUGUUCGUGUGUGAGAAGCAGCCUCUUCCAGAGAACCCAGAGCGGUUCGUGAGCCCGCAGAGCAUCCUGGGCUCAGAUGAGUUCAGCUCGGGGAGGUACAGCUGGGAGGUGGAGGUGGGAGACAACACUCACUGGUCUCUGGGUGUAGCGAGUGAGACGAUCCGCAGAAAGGACUUGGCCGACUCGGAUCGAAAUCCCAGCCCUGCCUUAGACUCUGACACAGAUCCUGGUGGUGGUCUGUGGACUGUUUCCCUCUCCUCUGGGGAGUACCAGGCCUCUUCUGGACCCAGCGCCCCCCUCAAACUGAGACGAAAACCACGCAGGGUCAGGAUUCAGCUGGACUGGGAGAGAGGGUGUCUGACUUUCUCUGAUGCCAGCGACAACACUCUGAUCCAUCGUUUUAAGCAGCAGUGGAGCGGCACGCUGAGACCGUACUUCUCCACGACCUGCUCCAAAAACCCUCUGAAGGUCACAGCAGGGAAGGUGACUGUUACCGUGGAGUAGCUCCACACUGACAUACAGAAACAGCAUUUCUGCAGUAGACAGUGUGCAUGAUGAAGAAGACAGUGUGCAUGAUGAAGACGGCGUGCACGAUGAAGAAGACGGUGUGCACAAUGAAGAAGACGGUGUGCACAAUGAAGAAGACGGCGUGCAAGAUGAAGAAGACGGUGUGCACAAAGAAGAAGACGGCGUGCACGAUGAAGAAGACGGUGUGCACAAUGAAGAAGACGGCGUGCACGAUGAAGAAGACGGUGUGCACGAUGAAGAAGAUGGUUUGCACGAUGAAGAAGAUGGUGUGCACGAUGCUUGCUGCUAAGGGCUUGGACUUUUCAAAAGGGUAAAUCAAACAAGGCCUUGGUGCACUGUCCUGAUGUCACAGUUACAUUUAAAUGGUGAAGUACUGAGCAGAUUACUAUCGCUGACGUCAUGCUGCUGAAACUUUUGACUUGUUUGUUUAAUAAAGAUUAUUUUGUGCUUA